CUGGCCACACCUGUCUGUCCACCCACAGUCUAAUAACAACAGCGUCACACUCAACGUUGUCACGACAGUUUGGUACAAAAGAUUGUCAUCAACUAAGACCAAUUUAAAGACUGCCUAAAUGUAAAUGUAAUCAGAGCAAAAAGAACAUUUGGCCACACCACUCACUCAGUAUGCACAACUGAGGACUGAGGUAUAAGUAAUCCAUUUCACUACAAAAAUCAACUGCCACAAUCAUUGCCACGGUGACUGGAUAUGACCGAUAUCCUGCCAACACAUCAGGGGCCUACUGAGAAACAGCCCCCAGAAGCCACGGCGCCGCCCCUGGCCGCAGAGUGGCAACCCGAGGAGGGAGAUGGCAAGCAGCUGAAAGAUGCCAAUAAGGGGGACCCCCAUACUGAGGGGGAGGAGGUGAUGGGGUACGCCAGCAUGGAGCCCACUACCCUACAGUGGCCCUCGGACAAGGAGGCCCUCAUGGAGAACGAGCGAGAGAGGGGCGAGGGGAAGGAGAUGGACAGCAGGGAGAGGGCCAGCAUGCGCUCCGACUGCGCGUCACUUCAAGGAGGCGCAGGAGGAGGCCGGGAGAGCCGGACGGAGAGCGAGAUGGAGCUGCGGAUGCGGGAGAAGAGGAAGACGGCCGACGGAUGGCCGGAUAUGACGAUGGAGACGGGGCCGGGGGGGGAGAGGGAGAGGGACGGGGGCAUGGAACUGAAGGCGCGCCAGAAGGGCUCCCACCUGGAGAUCGAGAUGGACGAGGUCAACUCCAUGCCAGAGGAGGCAGCGCGGGUCUUUAGGCCCAACGGGAUGCACCACGGGGGCGGUGGCGGCGUGCCUGAGUCGCCCAGGGAGUGGGAGGACGAGAGGAGCCCCUUCAUGGGGGCGCACGGGGCCCCCGCCAACGGAUACUACCAGGACUGGGAACCGGAGGAGCCAAUGAAACCGGGCUGUGCGGGCUGCGGUCGCGACGCGUGGAAAGUCUUCGCCUCCUUGUGCAUGGGGGCGCUGUUCUUCCCGUUCAUGGUGUGGGGGGGCUACGUCUUCCUGCCCUUCGACGCCCCCCUCCUGGAGACGGCCGCCCUCAGGCUGGUCUACACGCUGCGCUGCUCCGUGUUUGGGGUCGUGCCCAUAGUGCUUGGACUGCUGGUGCUGGGGAUCUCGCGGUUGCGAUUCGGUGCCCUGCGGCCGCACUGCGAGGGCGUGGCCGAGGUGAAGGAGGUGAGCGUGCACCGGCGCUUCGUGGACGAGUCGGUGACCUUGUUUGUCCUCUACUUCACCCAGCUGGCGGUGCUGGCGGCGUACCUCAACCACGACCUGCUCAAACUGGUCCCCUUGCUCACCAUCAUCUUCGCCAUGGGCAGGCUCUGCUACUGGGUGGCCGCAGCGUUGGGCAGCAGCGUGCGGGCGUUCGGCUACGCCCUGUCCUUCCUGCCCAUGCUCACCAUGCUGGUGGCCAACAUGUACUUCAUCUUCUCCCUGGACGCCGAGGGCAGCCUCUUCGCCAAGGAGGACCGCGUCGUCCACGAAUCCCCUUCCACAUACCGACAACGAUUUUGGGGUUGAUCCAUCAGUCCCAUUCAUUAAGACGGCUUUGCUAUGGUUGCCAAUUGGGAGAGGGGGUCCAUGUUGUUCACUCUAAUAAUAAUAAUAAUAAUAAUAAAUACUGCAAAGACAAAAUGCUUAUCUGCAAUGCACUCAACAUGAAUUUUAGUUAAAAGAGAGGAGAAUCACCAGACGUCAUCUAUCUUUUUUUUUUUUAUUAGUGAGCAAUGUGUUUAACGCUUUGCUUAUUCAUGCAUUUUAGUACAUUAGCUUUUAAAUACCUCUUGUCAAUGAUCAAUAAAAAAGCAGCACUGAA